AUGCCUGCCGAGCGCACUCUCGAGAUUUACCUUUCUGAUGACACCGCAUGGUCCAAGCAGACGGUUGAAGUUCUCAAAGCGCAAUGCAACAAGCGGGACAUAGCUUUCACCAUUGGCAAUAGGAAGGAGCUUGAGGCACUGCUCAAGAACUACCGCUAUACCCACAACCCGCCCGGGAAGGCUUCACGUUUUGGUGUUUGGCGCUCCAAUGGCACCGAUUCUGUCUACCGAUCGGCUUUGGCCGAAGCUGAAGCUUCUACUCUUUGUCUAAUCCAGAUCAAAAAUUAUAGUGAUCUGGAGUCUGGGCUUUGGGCGAAACACUUCACGCUGACGCCGGGUGGCGAAGAGAGGAUCACCGUUGUUGUCAGCGAUGAAGUCAACUGCAGCUGCGGAGGAAGAGGAUACGGAAAGACUCCCACCACCAGGGAUGUACUCCGUUACCUUUUCAACUGCCCAGAGCCGCUGCGCUGGCAGUCGUUCUUCCUACCGUCAGAGCUUGGCGAGAUUUUCAGAUUGAGCCAUCUAUACCACCAUUUUAACACCGGCGGGUACCCAGAUCCGUUUUGCGCCAUCUGUUUUAAGCCUAUGGAGAGUUUCAUAGAGAAAAAGCAGUGUGGCAUUGGCAAGCAUCUGGUACACCGAACGUGCAUGGUCACAUUUCAGAAGAUGAGAGGGCUCUCUGCCGGCGGAUCCGAGUAUGGCUGUGUACUGUGUGAGGAUGCCGACGAGCUGGUGUGGGAGGUGAUAAUGAAGCGGUCGGCUGCUCGGAAGUCUGGCGCUUCUGAGCGUUCCCAAGAACUCACAUUAUCUUCUCCUUCGCCGACGUGCUCCUCGAGCGGACCCAACGUACCAAUCGGCACUCAAAUCACGGGUUUGUCCGUGGAGCGACAAGUCACAGCUCCGCGAGCCACAAACACUCACUCCUUGCCGGCUUCUACACCCACAGAUAUCGAUCGUAGACUUGACAAGGACAAGCAAGUGGUGCGACCGGCUGUUGUCGAGUUUGUUGACUUGGGGCGUGUCGACGAGCUUAUGAACUGCCUCAAUAUCAACAGAGAUCCAUCGGCGAGUGGAACUAGCAACACGCUGGAUCAACUCGCUGACUCGGAGAGCUUGGCCUCCGAUCCGCGCUCAACCUUUGCCUCCGAGUCAACUUCGAAAUCUCAGCCACACGUGAAGUCAGGCCUUUCGGUGCUUGGAAGGAGAAAAGACACUUGGUGGAUGCGUAAGGCCAAGAAGGUUUACCAUGAAGCAAUGCAAGCCAGGCAAGGAUAA